AUGGCCUUCAGGCCAGUCACUGAUGCAGAAUGUGGACAAAUUAACCCCCUGACGAAACUCACCUCACAUAUUACACAGGAUCAUACAUUUUCUGUGAACCAUGGACAAGUUUUUCCCAGUACUUCUGAUCAAUUGGUCGAACAGUUUUUGCAAGAGACAAAAACUGUGCCACAGUCUUUUCAAAUGGAUGACUUGAUGAGGGAAAUGCAUGAAAUUGAAUAUGAAAAACCAGCUUCACCCAUUGAAGAUCAACAGCAAGACAAUGCCUGGGCACAACAGUAUCUUCAGGAUGGCAAAACGUUCCAAGAGCAUAAUAACUAUGAUGACAUUUGGCAUCAAAUGGCAGUCCAAUGCCAAGGACAAGAAAAUGUUAAUCAAAAUAUGUUGUUUGAAGAAGCUUGGAAAGCAAUAGAAUCGUCUGAAUUUAUUCAAUCAGGUGCGAGUGUAAUGGAGAAAGCCAAUUUAUUGGGGAAUUCAGUGGACGAUAAAUCUGACAAUGGGAAAUUAACUGAAGAUGAAUCCCAAGCUUGGACUGAUGAAUUUUUGCAGAACACAGAAACAUUUGAUGAAGUUUGGGCUGAAUCCUGCAAACCUAAGGAAAAAAGGCGAUCAUAUUGGGAUGUGUUACAGGAAAAUAUGGAAAACUCUUUAGCAAGCAAUACAAAUAUUCCACAUUCAUGGUUGAAUGAAUUUAAUUCAUAUUAUAAUAUUCCACAUAAGGAAUACGAAUUUAGCAAACAAAAUCCUAUGUCAGAUCUCCCUAAUCCUAAGGAAAAAGGCAAAGAGUUAUUAGAACAAGGGGAUAUUCCUAGUGCGGCCCUAUGUUUUGAAGCUGCAGCAGAGCAAAAUCCACAAAAUGCGGAAGCUUGGCUAUUGCUAGGGACAACAAAAGCUGCAAAUGAACAGGACCCAAGUGCAAUAAAAGCUCUAAACAAGUGUCUUCAAUUGGAACCAACAAAUUUGAAUGCAUUAAUGGCUGCCGCUGUCAGCUACACAAACGAGAAUUGUUACAAUCAAGCCUGUUUUAUGUUAAUGAGUUGGUUAAAAAAUCAUCCGAAAUAUAGUGAUCUGGUACCUCCAAAUCUGAAACUAAUACCGCAAUUUACAAGCGUAUUAGCUCAAGCCAACCAAACGCUAGUUCAAGAUAUUUAUCUAAAAGCCGCUCGAAGAAAUCCACAAAACUUAGACUACGAAGUACAAUCUGGUUUGGGAGUAUUGUGCAAUUUAACAGGUGAAUACGAAAAAGCCGUAGACUGUUUCAGAGCUGCUCUUUCUAAAAAACCCAACGAUGCUAGACUUUGGAAUAGUUUGGGAGCUACACUGGCCAACCAAUCCAAAUCAGAAGAAGCCAUCGAGGCUUAUUAUCGUGCUUUAAAAAUAUCUCCUAGAUUUAUUAGAGCAAGAUAUAGUCUAGGAGUUUCUUGUCUAAAUUUGCGUGCCUACAUGGAAGCGGCAGAACAUUUUCUAAUAGCUCUAAAUCAGCAAGCACGCGGAAAAGGCGUGUCAAAUACAGAAGCCACUUUACAAAUGUCAGACACUAUUUGGUCUACACUUCAAAUGUGUUUGAUUUUAAUGGAGAGGUCGGAUUUGAGGUUUCUAGUACGAAGUAGAAACCUUCAAGAAUUGAAUAAGAUUUUCAAUAUAGAUUAUAGUUAUUAG